AUGGUUAAUCACAUUUCUUUUUUGUUAGUGUUUUUUCUCUGUGUUACAUCCUCGAAUGCAGCUAAAAUUGUUCCAGUAAAUAUGAUUUGUGAGAGAGUGAAAAACCCUUCAUUUUGUUCAAAUCUUCUUUAUUCAAAAUCCGGCGCAGACCUAAUUACUCUUGCACAAUACACAAUUGAUGUAGUUCGUGCCAAUAUGACCAACACAGUGAACCUUAUCAAUACUCUGAUUGCAAGUUCUCAUAGUUUGAACGCACUAAGUCAUUACAAACUUUGUUUGAAAGUAUUUGUUAAUGAUGGAGGUGCUCUUUUUGUGCUUGAAAAUGUUCAAAGAGUUUUGAAGGAGGGAAAUUAUCAGCUCAUGAAUGUUGGAGCAAAUGAUAUCAUGACUGAUAUUAAUAAUUGUAUUAAUGAUCCUACUUUUCAAGAUACUUCUUCCCUUUCAAAAUCUGCUGGAGAUGUGUUGCAAGCCGAUCAAGUUAUUCAAACUUUAUCAACUUUCUUAUUGUCUGAUAAUUGA